GUUGGCAAGAUAUUUAAUGCAACUAUCGACUACCGUAUAAACAUAUAUAUUUCAAGGGCAAACUCCGAGGAAACAUAACGGUUCAGCGCUCAAUCAUAACGUUUCACACAAACCUCGACAAGGUACCAAGAUCACACAGUCAUGAACGAUCCAGCGUCGGAUGACCCGGCAGUGGCCAACGCUGCGAAUUGGCUCCGGCUCAUUUUCCACGUCCUUACAUGCAACAACCCAGCAUGCGCUUUAGGGGAGCGCUGCUCAGGUGGAAAGCGCCUAUUGUCGCACAUUCUCACCUGCACCAGCCCGGGCGCCUGCACAGCAGCAGUUCAUUCCUGCACAUCUGUCCGACAACUGACGCUACACUGGCUAGAGUGCCAGGAGCCAAAACUGUCGGCUUUGCGCUGGUGUCUGGCGAGAUUUAUUCUGUCACCAGGAGCAGCAUGAGGGGCAUGGUUUGGACACAGCACCUCCAGAGCAGCCAGGCACGCCUAAACGCGGGAGGUCGCCGGAACCAGUAGACAAUGACUUGCAAUACAGCUCCAUUGCUGGCAACGCUGCUGGCCGCAGUAUGGCUGCCAUCGCUCCUGGGGGUGCCACGACGCCGAUAAAUCCGGCCAACCGAGCUGUGCUGCAGCUGCAGGAGGCAACGUCGUACAUGCGCUACCUGCUGCACACCCUGAUGCGCAAGCAAUACUCCGGGGACGCGGCGUCUCGUGUCGCGGGCCGCACGUUUUGGCUGGCCGUGCUCCGUGCACCCGCCCUGCAACCGCAACAGCCGCAGCAACGGCGUCAGCUCCCGCAGCGGAUGGCCGCGGCGGACGGCGGCAUGGGCGCAGCAAUGGAGGCAGCAGAUGCUGCUGGUGCUGGUGCUGGUGCCGGUGCGGUGGGAGAGGCCUACCUGGAGCCGCCCUCAGCCGCUCCCACCCUGGCUGGCCGCCGGCUGGUGAUACACCGCCUCACGUGCAGGAACCCCUACUGCGCGCUGUGUGCGGGCACCUGCGAGCUCUUCACCCGCGGACAUGCGCUGAGGAGCGAGCUGCGAGCGCCCAACACCAUGAGGGACAUGAACAACAUCGUGCAGGAGUUGAGUUUGGCGCUUGCGUGGUUUCAUCUAUGAGCGAGCUGUGACUACCCAUAAUGGCGCUGUGGCCACCCGCCUAUGGGAGGCAGCUUGCUUUGUGGGAAGCGGCUCUCGCGUACUACUUGCGUGCUUUGCGCCAGACGACAGCAGCGUCAGAUCUGCAGCUCACCAACACUUUUGGCAAGGCAUGUGUGCAUGGAUGGACGAUACGUUAAAUCUCUUCUCCCCAAUAAGAGCAGGUACAGGAGGCCUGCAGUGCUUUCAAUGAGGACUUAAAUCUAAUGAGAACAAUCUCCGAUGACGCUGGCACCUCAUCUGAUACGCUACGAUGGAGGGGCUGCUGCUGCCCCCUCCACUGCUGCUGCAGCUGCCUUUUAGGUUCCCCGCGCCUUCACAUCAUGAUGGAGCGCGGCCGCACAUGACUACAUUCGUCGGCUUGUCAAGGCUCACUCGUGCGCCUGACAAACAAUUUUUUGGACAUGGCUCAACACGUUGACAUGAGAGAGUAAUACUUGGACGCGGCGAAAACAUGUGUCGACACGGAAGGAUUUCGGUCGACGUAACAAGUGGGUACUUUGCCAUAAGGGAGCGGCUUUUGUUACAGCUGUUUGCAGUACACAUAAGUUGCUGACGAUGGUUUUUAACCAAAAACGGCAUGCCGCCAGUUUUGCCGAUUUCCUGCCGGCAUCCCGCACGGCCAAACGACGGCCAGUCAUUCGUGCUGGUUUUCGGCUCGAUCGUAGACGCGGCGUGCCUGGACUAAUUUUGCUUCUCAACCACUUUCUCGGUAGUGCUGCACAAUGCAUUAUCACUGUUAUCAGCGGCAUUUGUUGCAAUUGGCAUGGGUUUUUCCCUUGAUACUCGGACGGACGGACGGACGGACUGCUGGCUGGGGGCUCUGUGGGACGACUGACGUCUCAGGUUUCGCGGCGCAUUGGCAUCUCCCUGGUAUAGUCAUCUCCCUGGUAUAGCCAUCUCGCUGGUCUUUCUGGGCGCAUCUGAACAACUUGGCUGCUUAACGGAAGGCUAUGAUCGUCGGUUUGCCUGGUGGACUCUGCUUCAUGUAUGACUGGGCCUUCAGCAGCGUCUGGGCGCUAAAGCAUGCGAGCUAAGCUGUGCCGUACUUGCUCCCCGCUGCUGCUGCUUGCGCUCGUGUGGACCCCUGAUGUGACGAGUUUUCACUUAACCUGAGUAGUAAGUAAGCGGCUACCUUGCACUGCUGGGUGUGUGCAGUGGUGAUGGGGGCGGUGGGUGAUUUGCAGGGCGACCAAGGAAACGAUCGGGGGCCAAGAAAACUACGAUGGGUGCGAUUCCUCCCGUCUUUCCUAGCCUUACUUAUAUAUACACAAUCGCUCUGAAAUUGGAUGGCGAGCCACGCGUGCGGUGUAUAGUGUAUGUACGAAUUAUACGUUAUAUAGUUCUUUGGUACGAGGUUAUUUAUUUCGAAGCCAGUACCUCCCAAGCAACCAUCCGCAGCGGGCGUUCCGGAUGUGCAUCUGGGUUUGCACGUUGCUGUUGUGCCUGCUGUCGAUGCUGCUGCUUCAUUUGCUUUUGGUGAAAACAACUGCUGUGCGGCGGAUCCUGGGUGCUGUUGGGCUUUUUGUGUGCAUUGGCGUGCGGUUAGUGUCAGCUACUGAACACAGCGCCUAACCUGUCCAACAGGCGCUUCCACGUCUGCCUGCCUAGCUGCACGCUGAGCAAGCAUUUCGUUGGGUUCAGCUGAGCUUUUUUGGUGCCGCAGUUAAGAUUGUUAAUGGGUCGAUGCAUAAUGGAUCGGUGUUACGGGAUGCUAACCUUGUUAUGCUUUAAGCGUGGCCCGUUAUAUGCGGUUGGUUAUUAAAUCUUGGUCGUUCUUGAAGGUCUCUUAGGGUAAACGGUAAUAAGGCGGGUUGUGAUGGUUCCCAAAUUGUGGUGAUUUCCAAGAUGUGGUGGUUCCCAAAAAGAGAUCUAGGACCCGGGUGUGUGGUGCGUUUUGGUUGCACAAGUGGGUCCAAUCGGGGAUUUUACAGGAGACGCUUCAUCAGGGAGAUUGCAUACCGCCGACAGUGUGUCUUAGGUAUCGCAUGUUAAAAUAAUGUUUCUGCUGGCAUGUCGUACGUGCAUCGGGCUUGUGUUUAGCCCACCCAGGCCUCAACUUGUUAUUUAAUUAUUAGUCACUGUGGUCCGGUUCCGAGCGUUUACAUGGCGUUACAUGUUGGGCUGGUUGUUAUUGUUGGCUGCUGUAAGGUUGCAUGCUGCUCUGGCAGAACAAAUUCUUGCUUGGGCGGACGUGUCACCCGAUGGGCCCUCAAGUGUUGUGUAAUAAACUUUAUUUACCUAGCGAUAAGCUUAGUUGUCGUUGGCGGUUAAGGCCACGUUGUACAGCAAUAUCUUCUAAAGUUGGUUAGAAGGGGACUGUAUGCCUUUCGUUGGAACGUUGGGUUCAUCGGAUGGGACCGAUACUGUAUCUUGUCAGGUGCUGCCUAGAUGUGGUUUCCGAGCUGCUUGUCAAUGGUUUCAAGCCGUACGACAUGCUUUUCGUACGGCGGGUGGAUGGUCCGAUGUCUUUACAUGAAAGACUCUUGCACGGGGUUUAUACCGUAGGGAAAUUUGAACCCUCCGCCGCACACUUAAUUCAAAAUGCACACAUAAUUCAAAAUCCGACAAGACGUACGCAUACCCCUUUCAGCAGUCUAUAGAACCCAUUAACAGUGAGAGCACCAAACAGCAGGCACACCGUAAAGCUCCCGGCAAAGUAAGCACGGCAGCUGUUCAUUGGCCAGUACUUUACCCAUAUCAACAGAUAGCUUAC